AGCAGACUGCUUCGCUAGAUAUGGCUUCAAUAGGAAUAGAAUGCACUUGCAAUUGGGGGGGAGAACUCCAAAACUAUGAAGAUCGUUUCGGUCACUUCGGUGUCAUACUCCAUUUUCUUUACAUGCGCAAAAGGAUGCAGAAUGUAGCUGCAGAAGAUGCUGAAGCUUUCUGUUUCCAUGGAUACGGAACGAAUUUGUGAGUGGCAGUCAUCAAAAAUUUACGAAUGCGAGUAAAAUGCUCUCAAUAAAACUACAAGCAAGGAUUACAGUUCUCGCAAAUGUUUUAUGGAAUGAACUUGAAGAGUCUUGAAGUAAAACGAUUAGUUUUUCUGUGACAAAAUGGAAAGCAAUUUUUUAUUAUUUCAAAAGGCAACGUGUUUCGAUCAAUACUGUAAGGAACUAUGCAGAUGAUUUCAUCAGUUAAGAGUUUAAUACAAAAUUAUGAAGUGGUGACAUCAAAACUAGCAUUUAACAGCAUCUUUUGUGACAUAUGAGAAAGGAAAACUGUGUGACUUACAAACUCUUAUAAAGUGAAAUCAUGUGACUUCAGAAACAAAAUAUUCUGAAACAUGACGAAUAUUUUUAUUAUUAUAAAGCAGAAAAAUAUCUAAAUGCACAUAUUUAUUUUUACCCCUAAAUUUUAGAAAAAUCUAAGAUUUUUGUUUUUUCCUUCGUUUUAAAAUCAAAGUUCACUGUAAAAAUAAAUUUUAUUUUGCUUUCAAUUUCAUUAUAAAGAAAUUAAAUGUAAUUUAAAGAAAGGUAACCGAAAGUAGUAAAUGUAAACUAAUUUUAAAGAAAUAAUGAAUUAUUAAUCUGAUGCAAUUAUUUAAUUUACGUAAUUAUAAUAAUGAAGCCAAUCCGCCCACAGACGGCUCGAGUGAAACUUUCUACGAGUAUAUAUAUUAUAUGCAAAAUCUAAGAUUUUUGUUUUUUUCCUUCCUUAAAAUCAAAGUUCAGUGUAAAAGUAAAUUUUAUUUUACUUUAAAUUUCACUAUAAAGAAAUUAAAUGUAAUUUAAAGAAAGAUAACCGAAAGUAGUAAAAGUAAACUAAUUUUAAAGAAAGAAGAAAUUAUUAAUCUGGUGCAAUUGUUCAAUUUACGUAAUUAUAAUAAUGAAGCCAAUCCGACCACAGAAGGUUCUAGUGGAACUUUCUACGAGUAUAUCUAUUACAUACUUAAUUACAUAUUUUACUUCAUUACUUUAAUCUUUUGUUACUUAACCUUGCAUGCUAAUUUUCAAUAAAUAAAAUUAUUUAAGACAUUAUUUUUAUUUGAAUGGCAGUGGCAAUGCUGUUUACCAAAUGAACAAAAUGCCUGCCAUAUUUUGUUAUAUUUCAUAAUUAUAGUUUAGCUUGAUAAAAAUGCCGUUCAGAGAAAAUCAUUUGCUAAGUUAUAGUAGCUUCAGCUAAAACUUAGCUUCAAAAUUAUAAUGGAAAGCACGGGAAAUGAGCAUUCCCAAGACAAGACAGAAUUACAAACUUCUAAUAUUUGCGAAUCUAGUGCUAGUUAUCAACUAGUACCAAACACCCCAACGCAAAAAUCGUCUUGUAAAAAAGUUAAAACUCCGCGAUAUUUACAGAAUGCAUCUAUUAAGUUGUUAACUCAUCCAGUAGAUAAGAACAUCGCAUGGAGUUUCUUACUGUCCGUCAUAUUUGCAGCCAUAUCUGUUUUAACGGGCUUUCCUACAGUCAUUGCACUCAUGUGGUUCCUAGGCAUAGCUCUGGGCCUGCGAAUUUUCUUUGCCGGCUGUUGUGGCUACAGACGAAGUGCUAGAAUAGGGGAUGUAGAAGAACAACGUCAGAACAGAAGAUCCUCCUGGUUGGAACCGGAAAACUUCGUGAAGCCACCAGAAGCCCUAUGGCUCCAUGAUUCUUCUUUCAAUCUACAUAUUGCUCAUUGUCUUUUCUUUCUAGAUCCCGGCCUCAGUUCUUCAAAACUCAGAGACAUGGUUCGAAUGCGAGUUUUAAAUAAGACCACAGAGUACGGUGAACGAGCUUUUCCUAGAUUUAUGCAAAAAGUGGUCCCAGUAUGUAGUGGAUAUUGUUGGGUUGAUGAUGAAGAAUUUUCACUGGAUAAUCAUAUUUAUGAUGAACAGAAAGAGAUAGUUUCUACAAAGGACUUGGAAGAACACAUCAGCGAUCUGAUGAAUCAACCUUUGCCACUAUCCAGACCUUUAUGGGAGAUCAGGCUUGUUAAAGAUUUCGGUCGUUGCAAAGACACGGUUCUGAUUGUAAGAAUACAUCAAGCCGUCAGUGAUGCAAUAACAUUGAUAGUCAUAUUGGGCAACUACCUUUCUGACAACCAACAAUUGCUUCGACUGAAGUCCCGAUUCGGAUCAGCCACUUUCUUCCUUAACCUCUUUCGCGCCUUGUUUGUGGCACCUCUCACAUUUCUGGGAUGGCUGAUUUUCAAACCAAGGGACUAUAAUUUCUUCAACCGUCGACACAAGCCACAGAACAGAGUGGUAGCUUGGUCACAAAACAUUCGUUUUUCUAAAGUUUUGAGGAUCAAACAAGUAAUGCGGUGCAGCUUUAAUGAUGUUUUUGUUUCGGCCGUUUCUGGAGCCGUCAGAGCUUAUUUCAGCAGAAGUGGUGUACGUAACCCUCCAAAUGUUACGUUAAGCAUACCGGUGGAUUUACGUCAUGAGACGAGUAAUGCCACUGCUAUUCCUACGAUGGGAUGUAGGUUCUCCCAGGUCCACGUUCGUCUUCCAUCAAACACGGAAGGCGCCAUUCCCCGCCUGUGGGACGUGAGGCGCCGCAUGGAGGAGCUCAAAACUUCCCCAGACACCGUAGUCAUGUAUGGAGCCAUUUAUUGUUUACUACCAAUCCUGCCCGAGGUUAUUGCCCAAUGGAUCAUCAAAACAGUUCUCAGAAAGGCUACAGUGGUUUUAGCCAACGUUCCUGGGCCAGAAGAGAUUUUGACUCUAGGGUCAAAGAGACUAAGAAAGAUCACUUUCUGGAUGUCUCCUACAACCGAAAUUCCAGUAGUAUUCUCCGUCAUAUCGUAUGCUGGAACUAUACAACUCUCUGUAUCAGCUGAUAAAACGGUGGUUGCACAACCGCAGCUGCUCGUGAAUGAAUUUGUGUUGGAGGUAAGGAUCAAUUUGUUGCUCGUAAUCAA